UUGAUAUGAGUGAAUAUGAGUUUUACUGUAGAUGGGGUAGAUUGUGUAUAUGUUUUGACAUGGGUUGUGAUGGUCUAAGUCCGGAAUCUGUUGUCCGGAAAUUAGAGUCCGCCUCUAUCCGCAUAUUAGUGUAUUAGUUACAAGUUCCCAUGUCUACAGUACCAUGUGGAAGCGUCGCUGUCACGCUAUUGUUUUCGGAUAUACUGGCCUCCCUAAGGAUUUUUUACCCUCUCUUGAGGUGUGUGAUGCAAAUAAAGGGAGUCUACAUCGACUUUAUUCGUCCUUUAUGAUUAUGAAGCAUGAUACAUCACAGUAAAAAAUCCUUUGACCUGGCCUGAAGUAGUUUGACCUUGCCUGCUGUAGUUUGACCUUGCCUGCAGUAAGAUGACCUGGCCUGCAGUACACAGCAGUAGUAAUGUAUCCUUCGUAUCACCAAUAGAAUUGAAUUGUUUUCAACUUUAAUUUGUUUACUGAUGGAUGUCCGCCAAAAUAGGAAGAUGACAGAGUCCGGUGUGAAUCUUUAUGAAGAAAAGGUGUCGCAUUAUACAACCAAAUUAUUGAAAAUCAAAAGGGACAUUGACUUUAUCAUCGAUUCCUCAGAAAAUAUAGAUCUUGCCCAGGGCCAGCAAAUUAUUGAUGACAUACAAAAACUGUUAGCUCGCUAUGAAGCGAAAGCUAAAAAGUUUGAACAAUUCUUACAAGGGACUCGCACAGAUCAUAGUGCCAGUGAAGAGGCAGCUCAUCGUCUCACAUCUGCAGCUUUACAUGAUAAAGUGACGUCAUUUAUAGAGCACUUACAGUCCUUGUUGCCGUCAAUUUCACACAAGAUGCUGUCAACCAGACGGUCAGGUGUUUCAGGGUCGAGUCGGUUGACUGAAAUGUUGGUAAAACAUACAGCCAAAGUUGAAAAGGCAAGAUCUCGCAUGAAAUAUGCACAAGAGGAGGCUGAAUUGAUAAAACAAGAGGCAGCUUUACAGGCAAGUAGGAAUUUAUUAAAUCUGAAGAGAGAAUUAGAAGUAGCUGAGACUGGACUUAAUGCAAUUCACAAAGCUUUUGACUUUAGAUCUUCAAAUGCUAGCAAUAAAGAUUCUGCAAGUAAGCGAGGCAGUUAUAUUGGGUCAGAGACCAAUCGUCACAUUUUGCGCUAUGUAGAGGAGAAUAAAGACAAUAAUGUAUCUCCACCUAUUAUUCCUACAGAAGAUGUUACUCAGGAUGAACCAAUAGAAACUGUUGUACAGAUUCCCUCUACUGGAGCGGCUGAUACUACACGUGUUCUUAACCCUAGUGCUGUUGCGUUUAAGCCUGAAAAUAGAAAUGAGGCAUUUGACUUAGCAAAAUUAGUGAUGAACCAGCUAGGUACCUAA